AUCUACAUACUUGUCAUUUUUAAUUUUCUUCACAGAUAGAUUAACAUAGAAUUUUAUUAUUAUGAAUAUCAAUUUAAAUCAAAAUACUAAGCAGAGUAAAAGAUAUAAAAAUAAAUUGAAAUAUUUAAAACUAAGAGUAAAAGGUUUAUUACUGGAAAAUGCAGCACUAUGUGAUGAAGUAGCAAAAAUCCAGGAGACCAUUCUUAUUGUAAAAGAUGAAAGGAAAUAUUUGCUUCGUAAAUUGUUAGAGUAUGAAAAUGAAACUGAGUUUCAAACUUAUCAUCACGAACCUGUGGUAGCAUUAAAUGGCUCAAGAGGAAAAGUAAAGAAAAGGAGAAGCAUUGAAGAUGCUGGAAAAACUGUUUCUGCAUCUUAGUAUUUAAAAUCACAUAAUAAUGUUAUGUGUUUAUUAUAAUCAAGAUUGACAAGGCACAAGGACUUACAGUUACCAUCUUGUUUAAAGAAUUUACUGAUAAUAACCAUAAUAAUGCAGUGUUAUGAAGGAUAUAUAAUUAAGCAUAUUUGAUGGAGGUAUAGUGAUGAAGAAUUGAUAAUUUCCACCAUAAAGCACAAGGAUAUAGAUACUGGUGGGAAUAUAUAGACUGCUUAUUAGUGUUUUCAACCUUUACGAAAU